CAAGGAGUAACCAAGUCAUUCAAUUUGGAGAAAAUUGGUUAAUUUAAACUUCAGAAGAAGAUUGCUCUCUAACUUUGAUAACAGCAUAAAUCUUGAAUAGUCAGCCGCCUCGACAAAUACGUUUGAUUGAGAAGUAUAUAUACAAAAGACCUUUACUACCGCAUAAACGUGAGAAGAAAAGUCGAGGAAAAGUAAGAAAAGGGAGGUGAGUGUGAGUGAGAAACUCGAUGUAUUUACUUACUAUCGGGUGAGUAACUUGUGCAAGCCAGCGGACAAGAAUUAAUACUUAGCAGGGAAGAUUCCUUUAUAUGACUUAGUAGUUUAAAAAGCGCCUUUCGCUGAGUCAGACAAAGUGUAAUUAGAAAAACCCUAAAUUCACAAUCAAAACUAUUUGUAGCAUCUAAGAAGGGAGAAGAGCAACAUUUGUCAUCUGUUUUUCUUUCCUUCUCAAAUUACAGGAUGAGAGGGCUUCUAGUUGGUUUCCAGUUCUGUCCCGUUCUGUUGAGUGGUGUUGCUUUGUUUCUUGUGGCUUUCAGUUCGUCUUUGCACACUGACUUGAGCAGGGACGAGGUUUUCGAGAGAGUUGAAGGUAACGCGUGAAUGUGUUAUACCUCCUAAUACAGUGAUAUUUUUUUCCGACGGAAUGUGAAUGUAUCGAGUGCCAUGGGCGAAAACUCGGAUCGGAUGACACAGAUUUUGGCUGUGUCACGAUAAACUUUACAUGACCGCCCCAAAAAAAAAAGGCUCUGUGACAUUCUUACAAUCUCCCACAUUAGUAGUAAAUUUUCAUUCUUCCCCCUUUAUACUCUGUUGGCCACAGCAAAAAAUAUAAGAUCGCCCCAAAAUCGGGUAAAAACAACAGGAACUUCAUACGCGCAACUCUCAUAACUCUCAGGGUUUCAUCAUAUUCGCUUUUGUACGAUAUCAAGAACAAGAUGACCUCUUAAGACAGGGUAAUUAACUACACACAAACUGUAUUAUUUAAGUAUCCAAAAUAAACUGAGUGAUGAGAACAUGAAACGCGAUUGUGUUUUUUUUUAGGAUUUGAGCUAAUUGGUCACAUCACCAUGACACUAUAUACUGACGAAAUAAGCUGUGGAUUGAGAUGCCUUCAAGAUAAAAACUGCCAAUCUUACAACAGCAAAUCCGAUGCUAGUGAUAUAAAGAAGGAAUGUCAACUGAGUAAUCAAACCAAAAAAUCAAGUCCGGAAAACUUGAGGCGUAACCCACGUUCUACUUAUUAUGGAAGAGGUACUGUUGAGUAAGGUGCUUAACAUUAUGGAAAAGUUAGUGGAGGUGGGAGGGGGGUACGAGGGGUAGGAGUAUUUUGAUUGUCACGAUAAAGUUUUCCUGAUCCCUCCAUAACGUUCCGAAUUAUUCUAUCGAUCUUCCUCAUUGGCCGCCAAUUUUCUUUAGUCCCACCUUUAAACUCUGUUAGCGACCACUGAUCCCCUCUCCAUUCCCUUUGAAAACAAUGGUAUUCCCCCCCAAGACCCUGCCACCCCUCCCACCCCCUCUUUCCAAAUAAAAAAAUGGUGACCUAUUUCUUACUUCUGAUUAGCGCUUUUCAGAGCUCUCUUAUUUCAAGUGCACAUCCAUGUAUAAUCUUUCCCGAGAGAAUAUGAAGUUUAAAAUCUCUUGCUUUUCCUUAUAAUCAAAGGUUUUUCAUUUUCUUAGUUUAAAUUUAAAUUUUCAAAAUCAAGAGUUAUCUAAUAAUUACGCGAAAGGAACUACUUAUGGAAUAGGACCUCUGUGGCGUGUUUUGUUUCUUAGUUUUAUCCUCUCCUCGUUCCAAAUGAUUAUUCUUCCCUUUUCCUAUGCAGGUAAACGAGGUUGGGAUUCUGCUCAUCCGGCCUUCUCCUGUAAAGAAAUUCUGGACUCUGGACACCCCAUAGGAGACGGGGAGUAUUGGAUCGACCCAGAGAAGAGUGGAAAACCUUUGAGGGUCUAUUGUGACAUGUCAAGAUAUGGUGGUAAGCGAAUGAACUUUUUUUUUGAGACACGAGGACCUCAACAGGAGUAUAUUGGACUUGGUACAGUUGUUAUUUUAAAGAGAAACAGUUAACGCAUCAUGCCUGUGCGAGUGGACAGAACGCAUCAUGUGCGCGCUGUUGUCUCGCAUUUCGUCGAGUAAACUGUUGUUUUUCGUUUUUUUGAAAACGUAUAACUGAUGUCUAGUUUCUUUUUCAAAUUUUGUCACAGUUUUGACUAAUUGGUAACAGGCCUUCUUGUCGUCUAAUUCUGUCUGUAAUGAUACGAGUGAUUGACAAAUCGGACUCCCGCUUUGAGGUCGUACGAUUCUGUAAAUCACUCGUAUGAUUACAGACCCAAUUGGACUCCACUCGGUCCUGUUACCAUUUAAUAUGUCCAAAAUUCUUGUUACAUGGAUGUCAUCAGAUCAUUUAGGUCUGUUUUAUUUUAGGAGGUUGGCUUCUGGUGUCAAAUGUUGAGUUCGGAAGUCCCUCUCCUAAGGUGUCAGUUGAGACAUCAUACCGUGGAAUAGGUAAGUCACAUAUGGUUCUGCAGAAAAGUGCCAUGAAAGAACUCAGAAGACACUUGUCCUUCACUCAGCUGAGAUUCCAUUGCCGCAAGAAACAGAGACGCACAUUCCACGUGGUCACAGCUUCCAACAGCUCAGGUGAAGCUGUGGUCCGGUACUUCAGCGGUCAGACAGAUGAGCAACCGGACGCCUGUGGUUCGUUUGUGAGAUUGACGUUGGAUGACAAUUCCCAGUUAGCUGGCAUUUGCAAAGAAUGGGGUCGACUAGUAAGUGGAGAGUACUUAGUUGGAAAGUGGGGACAUGGUGAAGGUCAAAAGAGGCUAUACUGGUAUCCCGUCAUGAGAAAAUACUGGUAUCACCUUAGGGUCCAACUGCAUAACGUUGACGACCUCCAAAAUAUGGAGUGUGAUGAUCGCUUCGGUCAAAAUUUUGACACAAAUGGCGAUUUCUGGAGAGUCUUUGUUCGUUAA